GGCUCCACCGGCCGACGGUGAGGAAGAGUAGGAGGAGAUGGCGGCGGCGCGGGGGCAGAAGACGCUGGCGACGCUGGUGAAAUCUCUGCGGAGCGGGCCUAUCUCCAACUCCAGCGCCCCCAGGCUCAGGCACCUCCCGUCUCUCAGGAGGACCUUCUCGCUCUACGACCAGAUCAACCUCAUCGACAGCGUCCCCGAAGACCAGCUCCGCUUCCAAUCUUACGAUGACACUGGGUUCAAUAUUAACAAUGUAAAGUAUGAAGGCAGCUUGCUGAUAGUAGAAAACAAGAUAAUGACCUGGACACCCAAAACAUUUGCAGAUAUAACUGCGGAAAGUUUAUCAAUCUUCAAAGUUGUGCACCCAAUCCCAGAGAUUCUAAUUCUUGGUUGUGGGAAAUACGUCCAGCCGGUCAGUCCUGAGCUGCGCAAGUUCAUUCGGUCAACGGGGAUGAAACUGGAAGCCAUCGAUUCGAGGAACGCGGCUUCGACGUAUAACAUUCUGAAUGAAGAGGGGAGGCCAGUCGCGGCUGCAGUUCUUCCAUUUGGAGUCGACUCUUGAUACGUCAGUCAGCAGAGCGUCCUUGUGUUCUCCUAGAAGUCAACAGAGCUGACAUAAGACCUCUCUUGUACCUCGUUGUCGUCGAAACCCGUAAUGGUCGAUGGCAAUUUGUGUUGAUGUCUUGUUGUCCGCUCCUUCCUUUUUGUCCUUGGGAAGAACCACCUUGAUCGUGAAGUGUAUCCUCUUGUAACCCCGAAAAGGAAAAAGGAAGAAACAAAGGUUUCCCUAGUGUGCAUCAGAAUAAUGAGUGCCAACUGCCAACCUGACGGUGUUUUGUAUUAGGCCCAGGUUUAUCUUUUGGGCAUGUUGCUCCUGGGAUUCAUCUGCCGUGAUCCGCCGACGAGUGUGUUGAUGUGUUUCAUUUGUCUGUAUUACAAAGUUUAUUUAUAAAUAUGAAUUGACUUUUGUGCCAAA